UAAUUGAAUGGGACUCUUUUUCAUUUGACUGUUUCUCAUCAGAUCCUGCCCUGCCCUUUCUCUGCCCUGACACCCACCCUCAGAGGAGGUCAGACAAAUGGACCCUCUCUGUCUGAUUUGAAGCUAUGCUGCCCCCAGCUGCCUCUCAGCUCCCUUUGCCUGUGGGGUCCUUGCUGGUGUAGGGCUGAUGCCUGGCAUACUUCAAACCCGCAGUUUCAGCAAACAGGACUUUCACCCCUGCCCUCCUGCAGCCCAGUGUGCUCCAAAAUCACUUCUUCUGUCACGGGCUCCAUGGAUGGAGAGGGCCUGGAGACAUCAGCCCUAGGAGAGAGAGGGCUGGAGCAACAGUCACAGUAUGCCAGGUGCUUUGCUGCCCGUUCUGCUGUGACUGCACUCUGGGACACUGGCUGCUGCUGGGACUCUGGGUCUGUCUUGCUCUAGGAAGUUGAUUCUACUGCAAAGGAGAAGCUGACCCCAUUGCUGCCUAGAGACCGAUGAUAUGGCCCAGUCCUGAGGCUGGCUGCGGCAUUGGCUGAGGGCUACCCAAUCCCCUGAGUAUUAGGCAACUUUCUGAGUUUUUGUGGUCAGGACUUUGCGGAGAACUUCCACUUUCGAGAGCUGGAGUGAGACAGUAUUGUUAGCUUUGAUCUCCCCAUCAACUUCCCCCUCUUGAACAGCAAUGGCCCCCGGGGGGAUCCCUGGGGUCGCCAGGAACUGCUGGGCUGGGGCUCUAAUAGUGGCGAUAGCACUGAGAACUCACAGAGCUCAUUGCACAGACCCUCCAGAGCAUUUCCUGCUGCAGGAGAAGUCUGAGUGUCACUACACCAACGGCAUGCAGCAGGUGAGGUAUCUGAAAAGACUGAUCUGGGGCCAGCAGGAGAUCUGUUACUAUGACAGUGACUUGGGCUUCUCGGUGGCCCGCACAGAACUGGGUCGGCCGAUCGCGGAGUAUUGGAACCGGCUGGAGUGGCUGAGCUACUUGUGGGCUUCAGUGGAGAAGUUCUGCAGUUAUAACCACAGGAGAUUUAAGAACAUCACUGAGGUUAAGCCCAGAGUGAAAAUUUCCACCCUGAAAGCAGAGUCUUCCCACCGCCCCAGCUUGCUGGUUUGCUCUGCAACAGGGUUUUAUCCUUCCGAGAUAGCGACCAAGUGGUUCAAAAAUGGGCAGGAGGAGACAGCUGGAGUUGUAUCCAGGGAGCUGCUACAUAAUGGAGACUGGACCUUCCAGAUCCAGGUGACGCUGGAAACAAAACCCAGGUGGGGAGAUGUCUACACCUGCCAAGUGGAGCACAUCAGCCUGCAAACGCCCAUCACCAAGCAGUGGGUGGCACAGCCUGACUCUGCCAAGAGCAAGAUGUUCAUUGGAAUUGGGGGCUUCGUAUUGGGGUUGAUCUUCAUGGUGCUGGGACUCCUCAUCUACCAGAAGAAUAAGAAAGGGUACCUGUGCUUGGACACUGCAGACUCUCAGGCUGCUGAGAGUGACAGGGGCAGCUCUACAAACCUACUGCUCUGUGCCUAAAUCCUUCCAAGUUCUGCGAGGGCCAUCUCUAAAUCUUCCCUUAAAUUUCUGCAUUCACACAUGUGCCAUUACUCUCUCCCUUCCCCUCGCUAGCUGUUCUUCGUGUGUUCUUGCUCAGGUCAAUACUGUGCUGCCUCUGGCAGAGGGAAUCACCACUUUCCCUCAAUCCUAGCAGGUUCCCCUCCUGCUGCCCCGCCCCAGAUUUAACGGCUCUGCAAUUAAAGAACAAAGUCUUGUAGAUCUGAGAUUGUCCCCCAGGGGCCGAUUUCAUGCAAGCUGUUGACUUGGGGUAUCUCCAGUGGAAGAAGAGGGAAGGAUCCAGCUGUCAUAUGGAGCUGAGGAUGGAUGUCCAGCUACUCCAAGUGCAGCACAUACCCAGAUAGAAAAGUGGGGAAUAAAUAAUAAUGUUUCUAACUAAUGCUUUGCACUUAGAGAAAUUUUAUCUAAGGGUCUGCAAGGAUUUUGAUAACUGUGAGUUAAUUAAAAGUUCUAAUUUAACCUGGGGUUAAUCCUUAAUUUCAUGUGUUUGGUAACUUUCUGAAACAGAUCUGAAGAAGUGAGGUUUUUAACCCACAAAAGCUUAUGCCCAAAUAAAUCUGUUAGUCUUUAAGGUGCCACCAGACUUCUUGUGGUUUUUGUGGAUACACACUAACAUGGCUACCCCCUGAUACUUGAAACAGAUCUAUGAUUCUGUAUAUCAUGACACCCCACCCUUUGGCUAAUGGAGAUUGUACUGUACUCAGCUGAUGAGCAGAACAUGAAAACCUAUGUAGAACAACAAAUUAAAGAACUAAAGCCUUCCCUGGGUAACUAACAACCCAUGAGAUUAUAAACAUGGAGAGAAUGUUUACACUCUAAUUUGCCUUUCACUGUCAUUGCUGGUUUGUUCUUGCUGCUCCUUUUACUCCUGGCAGCAGCCUCAGCCAGCAUAAACACUGAAACUAGGCUGCUCAGUCUCAGUUUCUGUCUCUAACUAGGUUCACUGUGUGGUUCUCAUGCACUAAUCUGCUGUUGUACUUGCCUUAGGGUUUUAUCCUGACACCCAUCAUAGAUUUCAUAGAAUUUUAUGCCAAAAAGGACCAUUAGUUCUUCCAAUAUGAUCUCCUGUAUACAUUUUAUAUAUAUCCCCCUAUAUUGAGCCCAAAGACUUUAGUUGGACCAAAGCAUUUCAGUCCCCAUGAGAAUAGACUGUUGUAUGCCUGUGACACGUUGGAUCACAGAAACCCCCUUGGGGACUGC